GCCCUGUCUUUAGAUAGUCACAAAUACAAGUUCCCGUGCACACUUUUAUCGAAUGGGAUGGCAGACUCGCUUCGUCAUCUUUUCCUUGCCGGUUGUUCCUUUCAUCCUACACCUGGGCUUUGUUGCUUGAGAAGCCUGACAAAAUUAGAGCUGGUUAUGGUGCGUACUACAGGGGACGCGUUAUGGAGCCUUCUUUCCAGUUCUCCAGCUUUAGAACGACUUUCACUUAAUUGUUGCAGCAAGGUAAGCUACUUGAAGAUACCUUGCCAUCUUCAGCGGCUAAGCCACGUGGAGGUGGAUGAAUGCAGCAAGCUGCGAGUGAUAGAGAGCAAAGCUCCAAAUCUCUCCAGAUUUCACUUUCUAGGUAAGCUCAAGGUACAAAUCUCACUUGGAGAAACAUUGCAAGUGAAGAACUUGCACAUGAACUGUACCGAUUUUGGUUGUGAUACUCGAGCAGAACUGGCAUGCAGCAUGCUAAGCAAGGAGGUGAUCAAUUCACCAAAUGUUUAUAGUAAAUUUCUUGAGCUGAAGUCCUUGAAUAUUACAAUUGGAGAAUUGCCCUUCGGUCGGAGCUUUGAUUGUUCUUCUCUGGUCUCUUUGUUUGGUGCUUCACUCUCUUUGGAGACCUUCAUCUCGCAUGUUUCCAAUGAACUCAAGCAGCAUGCAAUGGCUUUUGGAGAUCCUUCGGGGCUGUGGAUCUUGGGGACCGGCGGUGGUUUGUCCCCAAUGAAUAAGGGGCUGGUUGAGUUAGCAUGUCAUGUGCUCAGAGCCUGGUUAAGCUAAAAUGCCCCAUCCUGGGGACUGCAGCAUUGCUUGUACUGAACAACAGAUAA